AAGCUCUGUGCCUUCAUUAGUCCCUUUUAUCUUGUCCCGUUGCGUCCUGGAGGACUGUCCCUGCCGAGCUCAGGACCUUCACUCUCGGGCCCGUUUGAAGGAUUUCUCUUCAGGCUGCCACAGCUCAGCUUCAGACUCCAGCUGCUUGCCUUUGUUGGAACCUCCAGAACUUUUCACCAUGCCGCUGUCUCGUUCCUUGUCCAUGACGUCCCUGAGCGGGGUGCUUCCAGCCUGGGAGGAGGAUGAGCUGCCUGUGGAGGACCUGCUGCUCUUUGAGGUGGCCUGGGAGGUCACCAACAAAGUUGGAGGGAUCUACACCGUGAUCCAGACCAAGGCGAAGAUCACGGCGGACGAAUGGGGGGAGAACUAUUACAUGAUGGGGCCGUACUUCGAGCAGAACUUCAAGACCCAGGUGGAGGGCUGCGAGCCACCGAACCCCAGCAUCAGGAAGGCCAUGGACGCUCUCAUCCACAACGGCUGCCAGGUUCAUUUCGGCCGCUGGCUCAUCGAGGGCAGCCCCUACGUGAUCCUGUUCGACAUCGGCUCCGCUGCCUGGAACUUGGACCGGUGGAAGGGGGACCUGUGGCAGACCUGCAGCAUCGGCCUGCCCUACCACGACCGAGAGGCCAACGACUCGCUCAUCCUGGGCUCCCUGAUCGCCUGGUUCUUCAAGGAGCUGACGGACAACCUCGGAGACAAACCCAACGUCAUCUGUCAUUUCCACGAGUGGCAGGCAGGACCUGGGCUUAUUCUCUCCCGCUCCCGCAAGAUUCCCAUGGCGACGGUAUUCACGACACAUGCCACGCUGCUGGGACGAUACCUCUGUGCUGGGAAUGCUGACUUUUACAACAACCUGGACAAGUUCAACAUUGACAAAGAGGCAGGUGAGAGACAGAUCUACCAUCGCUACUGUCUGGAGAGAGCCGCCGUCCACUGUGCCCACGUCUUCACCACGGUCUCCCAGAUCACAGCGGUGGAGGCCAACCACAUGCUGCACAGGAAGCCAGAUGUGGUGACCCCAAACGGACUAAACGUGAAGAAGUUCUCAGCCAUGCACGAGUUUCAGAACCUGCACGCCACCAGCAAGACCCGCAUCCAGGAGUUUGUCAGAGGGCACUUUUACGGUCAUCUGGACUUCAACCUGGACAAAACCCUUUUCUUCUUCAUCGCUGGACGCUACGAGUUCUCCAACAAGGGAGCUGAUAUCUUCCUUGAAUCGCUGUCCAGACUCAACUACCUGCUGCGGGUCCAUAGAAAUGACAUGACCGUGGUAGUCUUCUUCAUCAUGCCUGCCAAAACCAACAACUUCAAUGUGGAGUCACUGAAGGGUCAGGCGAUACGCAAACAGCUCUGGGAUACAGCUCACACUGUGAAGGAGAAGUUUGGAAAAAAGCUCUAUGAUGCUCUGUUAACAGGGAAGAUCCCUGACAUGAACUCCAUUCUGGACCGAGACGACCUCACCAUAAUGAAGAGAGCCAUCUACGCCACUCAGAGACACAGCCUCCCUCCGGUGACUACUCACAACAUGCUGGACGACUCAACAGAUCCCAUCCUGUCCAACGUCAGACGCAUCGGCCUCUUCAACUCCAGGAACGACCGCGUCAAGAUCAUCUUCCACCCGGAGUUCCUGUCCUCCACCAGCCCCCUGCUGCCGAUGGACUACGAGGACUUUGUUCGCGGCUGCAACCUCGGAGUGUUCCCCUCCUACUACGAACCAUGGGGAUACACACCCGGUGAGUGUACUGUGAUGGGCAUUCCCAGUGUGACCACCAACCUGUCAGGUUUCGGCUGCUUCAUGGAGGAGCACGUCUCAGACCCUGCUGCCUAUGGUAUCUACAUUGUGGACCGGCGGUUCCGUUCCCCUGAGGAGUCCUGCAACCAGCUGACCCAGUUCAUGUUCAGUUUCUGCCAGCAGUCGCGGCGUCAGCGCAUCAUCCAACGCAACCGCACAGAGAGGCUGUCCGACCUGCUGGACUGGAGAUACCUGGGACGGUUCUACGUACAUGCCCGGCACCUCGCACUUAGCAGAGCUUUCCCGGAGAAAUUCAAGAUGGACCCCAUGGCCCCGCUGAAGACGGAGGGAUUCCGUUACCCCCGCCCCUACUCGGUGCCCCCUUCCCCCUCGGCCUCCCUCCACUCCACCCCGCACCACAGUGACGUGGAGGACGAUGACGACGAGCCGUACGACGAGGACGAGGAGGCCGAGAGGGACCGGCUGAAUAUCAAGUCUCCCCUCGUGCUGGGUGCCGUGCCUGAAGGGAAGAAGAAGCAGCCGGGAGAAUCAGGAAACUGAGAUUUAAUAUGAGUGGCUGCAGAUUUUAUAGGGCUGAACCACUUAGGUUCAAACUCGAAGGCGACGCAAGUGUGUGAAAGACCAUCAGAAGAAUUCCCUCUUCCACACCGGCAGCUCCUGGAAAUACACCUCGUCCUGGUUUUCAUCAGCUGGAGGACAAAGAGAGAGAAAAUUCACCUUAUAAUAUGGAAUUCAAAUAUUAAUACUGAGACAAAGACACUUUACAGUCUUUCCUUAAAGAUCCGUAAAUUAAACUUUUUUUUUUUUUUUUACCCCAGGCUGUGCCAGUUCCCUUGAAUUUUCAUCUAAAAAAAAAAAAAAAAAAAGGCCUUGAAAGUUUUAUUAAGAUCCUAAAAUGUGAUGUGUCAGUGUGUGUGGGAACCUUGUGCUAUUUGCACCUAUUCACAGUGUAUCUGAGAGCUGUUUAUGUGAGUAAAACCAUUAAAACGGCGCAUAAAAUGAA